AUGCCAUAUGUGAAAGUAUGGACUCAUACAGGAGGUCAAAAAACUCAAUAUACAAAUGGAGACCGUUCAAACUUUUGGCUUGGCAUUCCAUUUGCUGACUCAGAAGACUUUAUGGGUGGUAUUUCAACUGUUGGUACAGUUCAAAUACAAUAUACUGGUGACAGAGACGGUCCAGAUGAAUUGAGAGCAAAGAAGUUUACAAAACCAAUAGCACUUUUCACGGAAGAUGCUCUUUUGAAGAUUCGUUCGAUGAAACCUGCUGGGGCUCCUCAGAUUGGCAUAACGACAGCUUCCAUCGAGCAGAUUUUGGCAGCAGGUCAGUAA